AGUGUAAUUUUCUCUUCGUUUCAAACGGCCGUCGCUUCCGAUCGCUUCCGUGGAAGGCGACCGACCUCCCAGAGCUUAGGGAAGACGACGGGAGGGGGUUAUAGGAACAGAGAGUUCGGAUUUCAGAUCUCUUCGUUCCUCAUCGGAUAGUCGAUUGAGUCGCACUACAGAUCUGCUAAACAUGACGGAAUUGGUAUGGAAGUCUCAGAUGAAAGUGAAAUUACGAAUGCGAUGGCUAUUUUAUCAUCAAUCCCUUAUGAUGAAUGGUUUUCAGUUUCAACUUCAGGCUAGCGGCCAUCAGCUCGCUACAAGGUGACGGACGCUGGGGAUGUGACGCUCCUAUUGACCGUGCGUGGACCUCCGAUGAGACUAGCCUGCAAGCACAAAAGCGUCAGUGCCGAGCCAGGAGUGGUUCCCCGGCGAUGACCCUCCGACGCUCAAGUCAGAUCUCUGGCGAAAGCAGCAAGCAAGCAAAGAAACGAAAGUGGCAGCAUAACGUUUGGUCCAUUGAUCUAGAAAAUAGCACCUGUUCAUUUGUAGAGACCUUUGGUAAACAUCCGAGAGCUAGAGGAGGGCAAUCCACAACUUUGAUUGAUUCUAAACUUUUUAUGUUUGGUGGAGAAGAUAGAAAGAGGAAUUUGCUAAAUGACCUAUAUACCCUUGAUUUAUCUACCACGAUGUGGGAGGAGAUUGAAACCAAGAACGCAUCUCCAGCACCGAGAUUUGAUCAUUCUGCUGCAGUGUAUGCAGAUCAAUAUAUUUUAAUCUUUGGUGAUUCAUCUCAUUCAAUCUGUUUCAAAGAUUUACAUUUACUUGAUUUGCGGACUAUGGAAUGGUCACGGCCACAAACUCAGGGCGCAUAUGUGACUCCUAGAGGUGGUCAUGCUAGCACCAUAGUAGAAGAUAAUUGGUAUAUAGUGGGAGGCGGAGAUAAUAUUAGUGGAGCCACUGAAACCAUUGCCUUGAACAUAUCUAAGCUUGUGUGGUCAAUCACCACAAGUGUAGGCAAACGCGAUCCACUUGCUAGUGAGGGUCUUAGUCUUUGCUCAGCAAUGCUAGAUGGUGAAAAGGUGAUCAUUGCCUUUGGUGUUUACAAUGGGAAAUAUAACAAUGAGGUAUUUGUUCUAAAAAUUAAACCUAAAGAGCCAACACUACCUCGACUUCUUCAAUCACGAGCAGCUGCAGCUGGUGCUGCUUCUGUAACAGCUGCAUAUGCCAUAAUCACUGGGACUGAUGAGGAAAAUGUGGAUUUGAGAAAGACAGUCGGUCAAGAUAUCAAGAGCAACCAUAUUGAGAAUUCUCAGAAGCUUAGUGCUAUUGAUAGUGUUACUCUUAAAGCAGAAAACAAGGUAUUGGAAUCCAGGAUAAUGGAAAUAAGACAUGAGAAUUUAAGGUUACAAACCAAAAUUGAUGAGAUGGAUAUUGUCCAUACUGAAUUAUUAAAGGCACAAAUUUCUCAAAUUCAGAAAAGUCAGGAGUCAUGUAGUUCUUUAAAGCAUGAGUUUGAUGUGUUACGUCAUCAGAAAUCUCAAGUAGCUCAGGAGAUGGUUGUUGCACAGAAACAGAAAUCUGGGGGUGUCUGGCAAUGACUUUCUGGCACCACUGAUGACGCUUAGUAAAAUGAGAAGUUGUGAAAGAAAGAAAGAACGAAAGAAAGAAAGAAAGAGUAAAGGGAUAAGACUGCCAUUUUUUUUUUUUUUGAGAUAAAUAGCCAUGGGAGUGAGUGAGAGAGGGACCCGUAUUAUACAAAGCUACCAUGGC